GUCGCUCUCACAGCUUCACCACAAGAUCCUCCGCAGCGCUUCUGCGUCUCUCUCCGUCUCUCAUCGCCGUCGUCUCCUCGACCCUCGCCAUGCCUGAAGGGGUGGACAAGGACGUCUACCCGGAGGCCCCGAGCCGCACUCCGGCGGUAGAGAGGAGCACCACGCUGCCCGACCCGGGACUAAUCGUGGCCCAGCUCUACCACCUCGCCAUCGACCUCCCCGUCACGACCUUGCGGGAGUGGGUGGAGCGCCAGCAGCAGAAGAACAACCACGUCUACUACCACCGCCAGUACCGCCGCGUGCCCAUGCUCACCGAGUGCACUGUCGGGGACCUGCUGUGCAACUACGAGGCUGACCGCCAGUGGAAGCGUGACCUGAAAGUGGACCGAGAGGUUGUGAAAAUCAUGCAGGAGCGUAUGCAGGCGUGCGUCACUCGCGAGGGAGAGAACCACCAGCAGAACUGCUUGGAGGAAAUGCGGAAGUACAAGGAAGUGAACACCGCCUUCGAAUCGCGUUAUGGCGACCUGGGCGUUCUGGGGAAUUCACGGCGAUGCCUGAUGAAGCAGAAGCAUCGCAUGAUCAAGGAGAGGCGGCAGGCAGCUGAAAAUGAGUAGUGGAGUGGCAGCAAUAACAGAGCUGUUUCUGAUCCUUUAAGCGUCUUUCUCGCUGGCGCAGAUGGCAGCGGCCAAAGCAAGCCAAGCCCGCCACCUCUGUACAGUCUAAUAAAGAUGUUAAAAUAUG